AUGGAGGCGCCACCUUCCCUUUCUCCUGCACAACACUCAUCUUGGCACACAUCGGUUACGUACCUCCUUGGAACACUGGCUGCUCUCUUAGGACUCAUUUUUUUGGCUGUCUUUAUCCUGUCAUUCACCUAUUUGAAGCUCAUUGACUACCUUGAAAACCGCCAACGAAACGUGAGAUCAGACCCUGAGGCCGCAGCCGGUGAUGCUAAUGGUGGCAGAGGUGGCUCUGUGUCCGGUGACCUUAAAUUAGCACAACCAGUGCUUGAAGAGAAGUACCUUGUGAUCAUGGCUGGCCAAGAGAAGCCAACGUUCUUGGCAACCCCUAUAUCCAGUAGAGCACCAUAUUUUGGAAGUAAAAGCACUUGUAGUUGUAGCACUNACUUUUGUUUAGACAAAUUGUCUACCAUUAAAAGUAGUUAA